AUGCGACCGCCUUCUGCCCACUCUCACUUCUUCUCCUCUCUCAAACAGGUAGAGAAGAGAUUGAAACUUGACAACCCAUCACAACCCUAUACUCUCUCUUCACCACCACCGCCGCCGCCAGCUUCAGCAGCAGAGAGCAGUCAGACAUUAACAGAGUCUCUCAGUUCCCCAAUAUACCUCAAUUUCGACCGACCCACCAUCACGGAUCACUCAAUCAUCCAAGACAACAGUGAAGUUCCUCAUGAAUUCCUCUCAAAUUCUAGUGAUUUUCCACCAACCCAUGAAGACCCACCUCACUCAACCAACCCAGAAAACCAAGAAGUAAUUUAUGAAGGCAAAAACAGUGGCGUCGACGACAUCCAACUUUUAAUGCAGCUAUUGGGCUCAUCAGAUUCUCAAGAGGAUGAUGAGGAAAAAGAUGAUUUGGUUCUGAAUUGUGGUGGUUGUGAUGAUGGGUUUUAUGGUAAGAUUGUUGGGGUGAAAGGGCCAAAAUGUGGGAAGGAAUUGGAGAGGUUGGAGGGAUGGAUUAAGCACUUUUUGAAUGGCUCCGGUGAGGAAGGAAGGAGAGAGCCCCUGAGAUUGGCACAUUUGCUUCUGGGUAAAGCUGCUUUUGUUUCAAAGGAAAGUGAUGGUAUUGGAGAAUUUGGAUUUCCCUCAACUGUAGAUGAGUUCUUGCAGGAUGAUCCACCAAGAGAUUAGGUGAUUGCCGUACUUUGGAAGAAUAUCAACGGAGAUUGUCGAGUUUCUUUUCAAAAG